AUGAAAGAUUUUGGUAAAAUGAUACAAGAUCAAAAACCCAACAACGGAAAUGACGUUAAAUGUGCGGAAAUAAAAACUUUACCGACAGGUACGAACGGUUACAUUGACAGACCGAAAGUGUUUAAAAUCGGUGAAUACAACAGAGCGACGGCGAGUUUCGAAAUGAAUAAUAAUAAUAAUGAUAAUUGUAAGGAUGAAUUAAAAAAACCGGAUACCAAAGGAAAAUUUGAUGUCACAUCCGACAGCGGACAUUGUAAUUAUUUUAAAAGUUCUUUUGCGAGAUCGAUGGUUGUGAAUAAUAAUAAGAACAACAGCAACAACAACAACAACGCGGGCAAAUGCAAAUCAAUGGAUUUUCCUUUACAAAAAAGAAACGGUUACGAAAAUAAAAAAAAUGACGUAAGAAGAAGAAGAAUGUACGGGACGACAGAAGAAGAUGAAGACAGAGAAGAAGAUGAUAGAAAUUUAAAACAAUCAAACGGAUAUUCGGAUGGCCUUUGGUCAAUGCCUGGAAAAGAAUUUUGCCAACCUGGACGAUGCUACGUCAUGCUAAUGCCAAAAAUUUUCCUUUUUUUUCCUUUGUGGCCUAUUCUCGAAUUAUAUUUAAAUCAGGUGAAUCGUUUUCGAUAA